ACCAUCCAGUUGGUUUUUCAUAGCUUGCAGAACUUAUUUAUUCAUUACGGCUUCAGAGUGGCACAGUCAUUUGGAGCAGCUGCCAGCUGUGGGUGAAGACGACCCAUAUGCAUACAGAUCUACCCAGGUCUACCAGGAACUCUUGCCUCUGAAAAGGUUCUCAGAAGACACUUGAGUGAGAUGUCCCACUGAUGUACCAAGCCAUCACCUGCUCUAUGCACUGCAAGUUGGUCCAUGGGGGCUGAUGGCACUGAUCAAAAGUUCAGAAUGUUGAACAUACAGAACAGUGCAUGGGGUGGCAGGCAGGAUUGGUACCAGGAUAACCUAGUGACUGGGCCACCAAAUCCAGACAGUUGCCAACAGCUGGACAGUGCUCUAGACUCAGAGCAUCAAACUGGUGGUACUAGUGAUGACCUGGACGAGUCCCAGAUCCGUCUGCAAUUAAAGCGUAAACUCCAGAGAAAUCGAACAUCUUUUACACAGGAGCAGAUUGAAGCUUUAGAGAAAGAAUUCGAGAGGACACACUACCCGGAUGUUUUUGCAAGGGAGAGGCUAGCGGCUAAAAUAGAUCUCCCAGAAGCCAGAAUUCAGGUGUGGUUUUCUAACCGGCGAGCCAAGUGGAGACGAGAGGAAAAAUUACGCAAUCAACGCCGCCAAGCUAGCAACACCUCCAGCCACCUCUCUAUUAACAGUUCUUUUUCUGGCAGUAUGUACCAGUCCAUACCGCAACCCAGCAGCUCAGGUUCUAUGCUGGGCAGGAAUGAGGCAGCUAUAACAAACAGCUAUGGAUCCCUACCACCUCUCCCAAGCUUCACUAUGCCGAACAACCUCCCAAUCCAGCCGGUAGCCAGUCAGACCUCCUCUUACUCUUGCAUGAUUCCAUCAAGCUCUUCAGUGAGUGUUCGAAGUUACGAUGCCUACACCCCUGUUCAACUACAGACUCAUAUGAAUAAUCAAAACCUUGGAUCAGGCACCACCGGCUCCACAGGACUAAUUUCUCCAGGAGUUUCUGUUCCUGUGCAAGUUCCAGGUGGAGACCCAGAUCUCACUCAGUACUGGUCAAGGCUCCAGUAAGGGAUGGAACACACCGAUGAAAGACUC